AGUCUGCAUACAAGUCAUGGUGACUAUUCUGUUAGUCUCGGCACUGUGUGCGCAGGCAACGCUGGGGGCCACGGUGUACCCCACUGGGGUUCCCAUGUACUCUGAUUCGUUCAUCCCUGCGGCUGCGCAGGUGGUAUACCACGUGAUAGAGUAUGCAAAGGACUUGAACAACUCCGAUCCACGAACGGGAAAAUCAGUACACCAGUCUUUGAAAAUACCACUGGAAAUUUCUGACAACAACAACACUGAUGAGGUUCGUGGGACGAAGCCCCUUACACGAACACAGAAACAACUUCUAAACCUGCACAACGCACUUAUCAGGGAGGCCAAACUGCAGGGUCUUGCCAAAUACCAGGGGUUCUCAGAAGAUGUACUGUCGUUCCUGAGAGAAACGUCUAAGACAACCUCGGGGGAACAGCUGAGGAUGGUCCUACAGGAGGCUCUGUCCCGUGGGCACAUCCAACGCGGUGAUACCAAGGACGUGACAGAAAAAGUCAUUGCUGACCUAGAUGAUUCAGACAGUGAGCUUUGCAAAACCAUGACCAACUUGAAACCUCUGCAGUACGUGUGAGAAACGAGUCAUUGAAAGAAGUAAACUUCUGUCACGUUAAUGAAAUGACUGCAUAAAUAAAUAAACGAUUCAUCGCACAGACUCUUACCAAUGUAGUCAAUUUGGAUAUUCAAUAAAUUUAUUUAUAAAUAAAAAG